AACGUUCAUAAGCACUCUACAACGUACGCACGCAGUAUUAAUACUGAUACAAUGGCACCUAUUGACGGAGUCGACAACGAAAUCAAGGCGUCCGCAUUAGACCUCAUUGGUAACACACCUCUUGUUGCCCUCGACCGCCUUCAUCCGGGACCCGGAAGGAUCCUAGCAAAAUGUGAGUUUAUGAACCCGGGGGCUUCCAUCAAAUGCCGUUCGUCGUUAUAUAUGAUCAAAAAAGCUCUUGAAUCUGGAGAACUGAAGCCGGGUGGUCAUGUUGUGGAAGUGACUUCUGGGAAUCAAGGAUGCGGUUUGGCAGUAGUGUGCGCUGUGAUGAACCAUCCUCUCACUCUCACAAUGUCCGUUGGUAACAGCGCACAGCGGGCCAUACACAUGGAAGCACUCGGCGCCAAAUGUAUAAGAGUACCCCAAGUAGAAGGAACUUAUGGAAACGUUACGCUAGCUGAUGUCAAGGCCGUCGAAGAAGUUGGCUUAAAGAUAGUUGACGAACAAAACGCCUAUUACGUUAACCAAUUUAACAACGACGGUAAUUGUGACUCACAUUACCAUACAACGGGACCCGAAAUAUGGAGGCAAACCGGACAUCGUGUAGAUGCCUUUUUGGCGACUGUCGGCACUUCAGGUACAUUUAUGGGAACUUCGAAAUACUUGAAAGAGAAAAAUCCCAACUUGAAGGCGUUUGUGGUUGAACCCGCCGGUUCCGAGCCGAUUAAAGGUGACCCUGUGACCAAACCUCUUCAUUUGCUGCAAGGCUCUGGAUACGGUUGUGUGCCGAACUUAUUCAAGUUUGAUAAUAUGGAUGGCACGAUAUCUGUGACUGACGAAGAAGCUACGGAAUAUAAGAAGUUGAUUGGUGAAAAGGAAGGUUUAUAUUGUGGUUACACAAGUGGGGCUAAUGUGGCAGCUGCUGUGAAACUAUUGAAGUCAGGAAAACUGCCCGCUGACGCAUGGGUGGUCACCACUCUUAACGACACUGGCCUAAAAUAUACACCAGUGUCAGAAGAUUUAACAAAAGUGUAAAAUUUACAAUUUAUUUGUGACUGUGUUAA